UUACCCGUUGGCUUUUCCAUAGAGCGGUAUGUUGGUUAAAACUCUCCUAUUCGUAGGACUAUUUAGUCUGGUUUGGGGCGUUGAGCAGGUCCGAUAUGAUAAUUACAAAGUCUACAAUGUCAGAAUUAAUGAUCUGGAGCAGUUUAAGCUGCUUAAUUCUCAGGAGAAGGCGCUGAAGCUCAGCAGUUGGCGUGAGGCUCGUCACCUGGGUGAGUCCUCGGACUUAAUGGUACCUCCUCAAUAUCGGGAGACCUUUGAAAACCUCUUGAGCACCCACAAUUUCACCUACAACCUCAAGAUCGAUAAUGUCCAAACCCACAUUGAUGCUCAAAGACCCAAACAGCGAAUUACUUCCAUGGAGUGGACUCAGUAUCACACUCUUGAAGAAAUCUACGCCUGGCUGGAUGUGAUCGAGGUUCGUUAUCCGGAUAUAGUCACACCUUUCACCAUCGGAAACUCCUACGAGGGCAGACCCAUUAGGGGUAUUAAAAUUUCAUACAAAGAGGGAAAUCCCGCGGUCUUCAUAGAGUCCAACAUUCAUGCCCGCGAAUGGAUUACCUCAUCGACGAUCACCUAUUUCAUCGAUGAGCUGCUGGUCCCCCGGAAUCCGGCAGUUAGGGAUAUAGCUCAGAAUGUCGACUGGUACAUUAUCCCCGUCCUGAAUGUAGAUGGUUUUACUUAUUCGCACGAAGUGGAACGCCUGUGGCGAAAAUCCCGACUGCCCUCGGAUCCCAGUGUGCAGGGCGAGUGCAUUGGAACCGAUUUGAAUCGUAACUUUGAUUACCUUUGGAUGUUGACUGGAGCCGAUUCGGACCCUUGUUCGGAACUAUAUGGCGGACCUUCGGCGCAAUCGGAUCCGGAGAUCAGUCAGCUAACUGCCUAUAUAAACAACUCCAUACCUAAUGGCAGCAUUAGGAUCUACAUAUCGUUGCAUUCUUAUGGGCAGUACGUUCUUUCGCCCUGGGGACAUACGGCUCUCGAGUUCCCCGAACACUAUCCCCAAAUGAUGCACGUGGCCAAGGGCUUUUCGGACGCUCUUUACAGGAGAUAUGGAACUGUAUUCACCUAUGGUUCCAGUGCUACAACUUUAUAUGAAGUCUCUGGUUCGGGCAAGGAAUGGGCCUAUGCGGUGAAGAACAUCAAAAUACCCUAUACCAUCGAACUGCGUGACAAGGGCGAUCUGGGUUUUGUACUUCCCCCUGAGGAUAUUAUCCCAGUUGCCCAGGAGGUUACCGAAGGGUUUGUUGGCAUGAUAGCCGCUGCUCGGGAAAUUGAUAUUUUGUAGAUUAUUAAUAAAAAUU